UCUCUCUCUCUCGCUCUGAGUAAUUGAGGAGGAGGAGGAGGAGACCUUCAGUCUGAAGAGGAGCACAGCCUCGGCAGUAACACAGACCUCCUGAGGAGUCAGAGGAGCCGGGGAGGGGAGCAGCGGAGGAGAGCAGCGGGAGAGACGGCUUCAGGUGACCGAGCGGAGAUGGAGGCGCGCGGCGUGUGUGGUUAAGGAGCCCCGCUGUUGGAUUACCUGAGAGUGAGCGACCUCGAGAAGCAGAUAGGAUCCUCGUCAGUCCGUGUUCACCUGUGGGAUUAUUACCUGAGCACCAUGAACGUGUCUCCUCCGGAGCGCAGGAAAAACAUGCGCGAGCUCGCUCUGGAGAUCGGCAUCCGAGUUCUGCUCUUCGGAGUUUUUGUAUUCACGGAGUUCCUGGAGCCCUUUGAGAGAGUGAUUCAGCCCGAGGAGCUGUGGCUCUACAGGAACCCUCUGGUGGAGUCAGAUCACAUCCCAAAGAGGGUCAUGUUUGCCAUCUCCUUCCUCACGCCGCUGGCCGUCAUCUUCGUGGUCAAGAUCAUCCAGAGGACGGACCGCACCGAGAUCAAGGAGGCCUGCUUAGCUGUGUCUCUGGCGCUCGCUCUGAACGGAGUCUUCACAAACACCAUCAAGCUGAUCGUUGGCAGACCCAGGCCGGAUUAUUUCCAGCGUUGUUUCCCGGAUGGACAAGUGAACGCCAAGAUGCUUUGCACUGGGGAGCCAGAUCUGGUCUCUGAGGGACGCAAGAGUUUCCCCAGCAGCCACUCCUCCUUUGCGUUCUCUGGUCUGGGCUUCACCUCCUUCUACCUGGCGGGAAAGCUGCAGUGUUUCACGGAUCAGGGACGGGGGCGGAGCUGGCGUCUGUGUGCCAUGGUGCUUCCUCUCUACAGCGCCAUGAUGAUCGCUCUGUCCCGCACCUGCGACUACAAACACCACUGGCAAGACGCCGUCGUCGGGGGAGUGAUCGGCCUGUUGUUUGCGUACGUCUGUUAUCGGCAGCACUACCCCCCCUUCCUGCACUCGGACUGCCACCUGCCUUACGCCAGUCUGCCCGCCGGCCCCCACACGCCCCCCCACCACCAGGAUGACCCGCAGCCUACCGACAACGCCACCAGCCUCCCCCUGGAGGGUCUGACUGAAGGGCCCGUAUGACUAGUGGACCCCGAGAAGACCCCCCCACACACCCUGACCAAACCAGCGAGUCCCCCUCCCCCUACAAGUGACGGACUCGUUUACAUUCCAGUGGACAGAAGCACGACUCAUCAUCUCCAUCAUUCCUCUCUUUGUUCCUUUGUUUUGUUCUGAUGAAAUUGUGAUGAGAAAAAUACUGGACGCCAGCGCCGAGAGGAAAAACACGUGAGACACCCGAGAGACGACCGACUGACGAUGAACAUUUCCUGAUAGACUUUCAUUUCAAAUGUCUGAGGAAGUGUAUAUACUGUUCAUCUGUCAAAGGAUUUGAAAUAAAUCCCAUGAAAUGUCACAGCAAUCAUUCAGCCAAUCAACACGCUGUACUCUUCACACUGUAAACCACAACAGGAAGUGAGGACAAACGGUGCAGUAAUGUGUGCUUCAGAGGAUAUCAGUGAGUUUGUUAAACUCAAGGACUUGUCUCAAUUCAAAAGUCCUCUUGCUCUUCAUUAUGUUCUGGUUGUCAUAGCAACACAGUCUUAUACAUAAAACCAAUGUUGUAGAGAAGCACUGAUUCAUUACAAGGACUGUCUCCAGUUUCACACAUUCAGCCGUUCUCCACUUUCCUAUCGGUCGUAUUCAUCCGUCUCCUCUUUCUCUUUUAAUGAACACUAAACUCUUAUCUUAUCUUAUCUUAUCUUACUCUUAUCCGCCCAAUCCAAAUCUCCACUCUGAAAGACUUUGAGGUGAUUUCUUACUGAAGGCCGGCGACACUAAGAAGUGAUCUGCUGCAUCUGAAGGUCUAAGCAUGUAGCUCGGAUGACAGCAACGCACAGAGAGGCUGUUUGCGCUGCAGCUCAGUUAGGGGAGCAUUUAACCCUUUGUGUGUGUUUGUGAAUCAGACGCUGACCUAUGAUGGAUUUGAAAAGGUUAAGUGGUGCAAAUGCAACGUCAUGUUUAGUGAGUCAGACUCUGACUGAAACAUUAGCGACUGUGUGAGAGCUUUGAUGAGGACUACAACACAAACUUAGGCACUUUCUGAGUUUCCUUUGGGACUUACCCAGAAUCCCACAGUUACCCUCUGAAUGACCUUUGACCCCUGUUCCUACAGGAUGUGGACAUAAAGCUCCACAUCAGUAACAGGUGUGAGGUGUGCAUGUGGAGGAGGGAGAGAGAUCGUGCAUUAAUCCUCAUUAAGAGAGGUCAGACCUGAAGUUUAUGAGCACAUUAGGAGUGAACGAGGAACAGCGCUACAAAUAUCUGUCGACACACUGCAGCCCCACAAAUCCACCAAUCAGGAGGCCUGAGCCUGGAAAAGAGGGUCAGAUGUAUUAAUGAUCCUUAAUUCAUCAAUUUAUUUAAUUUAACAACAUCCUGAUGAGACGAAAAAACACCAAAGAUUUGAAGCUUCUUCUUCUGUUGCUUUAUUCCCAGAGCACUUUGUAGCCUCUUCCAUGAUUUUUGUAGAAAUUAUGGUUUAUUUGGUUGCCGUGGUUACUGGGUCUGUUUGCCAUUGCUGUGACAUUAUUGGGAAGGUGCACGCUGCGUUUAUCUCUAACCCGACCCAGCUGCAGAAAAAGGAAAACAGAAUAUUUAUUUUGCACAGAAACAUGAAAAACAGGAGAUAAAAAAGCAGAACGGAGUGACAUGACAAAAACAAAUGUGGAAGGUUAUACAUUUUAUUUUUCUGUAAGUCAGCUAAACGAGCAUCUGUGUGCAUGUGUCCGUCUUUACCGUUACAUUUAUUUAUUGUAGUAAGGAUCUGUUAAAUCUGCUGCAGCCUUCACUGAGGCAGUUUGUCUCUGUUCAAAUGAUUUUCAUCCAUUUUUAUUCAAAUCAGACGCAACGAUGACAUCACUCAUGCAACCCAUCGGCAGCUUCUUUAACAAUGUAUGUGUGUGUGUGUGUGUGUGUGUGUGUAGGUUGUGUGUGUGUGUGUGUGUGUAUGUAGGUUGUGUCUGUGUGUGUGUGUGUGU